UCACCUUCUAUCACUCAGAACGUUGUGCAGCGGGUUUUCACUCACAAUGUUCUUGACUCGCGUUUCCAUGCCUCGUCCCAUGUAAACGAUUUCAUGUUUUUCAUAAGCGUCUGUUUUUCAUAUUCGUCUGUUUUAGAGUUUCCAUAUUCAUACACACCCCCGCCUGACCUUGAGUCUGACACAGGCAUCCCACGCCACCUCGUUAUUGAGUGCUUUCAAAGGAUUUCCGCAAGUCAUCAAUAGUAAAUUCGUGGACAUCACGCGAGGACUCCACGCGCGCGCAAGAAUGCGGCGUUGAACACUAAAGCCCAGAUCGUAUUAUUAUCAGCUUGUGUUACUGACUGCUUUCACUACUGAGGCAGCCUCGCAGCACGCAAGAUGAGCUAUGCAAGGUCUAUAAACGUGCGGAAAAAACAACCGCACGAGAUGUAUGGCGAUGCGCUCGAGUCGGACGAGAUACAAAUGAUGAGCGAGAGGACAGCUGCUUCUAAGAAAGGCAUUCUAUUGCAAGAUAUAGACGAAGGCAAACCAUGCCUGAAAUGCAAAGACCGUUGUCCCGGAUUCAGUUUACAUGUUUGGAAGAAAGCUUGUCAAUAUUGCAAGUGUCCACGGGAGGAUCACGACAUUCAGAACGAGGCUAACGAAACCAUGGACAUCAACACAAGAAUAAACGGCAUCGAGUUCCAAGUGCGCGGGCUCAAGCUGGACAGCAGCGCUGCCAACUACUAUGACGAUCUUCCACCACCACCACCCCCUCAGUUAGAAAAUGACUUCCCGCCCCCUCCACCGCCAAUGAACUAUCGAGAAGACUUUCUUGAUUUGAACUCUAUUGAAAAUGAGGUGUCGAGCCUGCCACCACCGCCAAAGGUGAUCAGCGGUGGUUUCCCGAAAUAUUUGUGGACACCUUCUGGCUUGAGUCAAAGUCAGGUUGAACUAUACAUGAAAGAACUACCUCCACAAAAAGUUCCCAUCAAGGAUUCUCCAGGGUCCAAAUACUAUAGGGCUCAGAUGGCGUACCAAUUACCGGUCCAAGACAGAGACCCUGAAAAACUGAGCACCUUUUCCGCAGCUCAUAGAGAAUCAUUUAUGCAGUUCAAUUCCAGCGCGGAUAACGCGAGGGGAGAGGGGGUGGUCAAGGUGCCGUUUGGCCGGCGACAGCGUUGCGCCCGCUGUAGCCACCCAAUCCUGCGCAGUGAACCAGCGGUCGUCGCCGAAAACAUAGGCGCGGAAGCCUCGUUUCACCCAGGAUGCUUCACGUGCGAGACAUGCAAUGAGCUCCUAGUAGAACUGACGUAUUUCCAGCACGCUGACAAGGUGUACUGCGGGCGUCAUUUUGCUGAGCUACAGAAGUCGCGUUGCGGGGGUUGUGACGAGCUCAUCUUCACUGGCGAAUACACAGUGGCAAUGAAUAAAAACUGGCAUCUGGGUCAUUUCCAGUGUCAAACUUGCGACCACAGUAUUACUGGUCGGCAGUUUAUCGUACGCGGUGAUAAACCCGUCUGUACCGACUGCUUCAAGGAUUCUUAUGCCCAUGAGUGCGAGGCCUGCCACCAAAAGAUCGGACCCGAGAGCAGAGACAUCUCAUCGGACGAUGACAGGCACUGGCAUGAUAAAUGCUUUAUCUGUGAUAUCUGCCGACGACCUCUUAAGUCGGACGGGAAGUUUACAUUCUACCGAGACCAAAUCCUGUGUAACAAUUGCUACGUGGCGAACUAUCAGAAAGAGUGCUUCGCUUGUGGGCAAAUGAUAGACUCGGGAGCAUCGCGCCUGGAGUAUAGCGGGAACUUCUGGCACGAGAACUGUUUCCGUUGCGCGAACUGCGGUGAAGCAAUCGGUACAAGCGGCUUCGUGCCUAAAGACGACACCUUUUUCUGUCCGGGCUGCUACCAGUCAAAGUUCUCUAAGCGCUGCGCUUCGUGCGGCGAACCACUGCUUGAGGGCGGAGUGCUCUACAAUGGCGAGACCUGGCACAAGGCUUGCUUCUCCUGUUACUUCUGCCACCGGUCUCUCGCCUCCGCGGCGUUCAGUGUACGGGACGGUUGCCGGUACUGCAUGGAAUGCUACGGAAAGUUUUAUGCAAAGCAAUGCGAGAUCUGUCUGAAGGCGAUCGUGGGUGGCGAGUAUUACACGCUGGAAGAGUCGAAUUUCCACAAAGAGUGCUUUAUGUGCAGUCGGUGCGGCAGGUCUCUAGCGAGCGAGGGGUUCGUGCGAGAGGGGGAUGAACUUCUUUGCGGGGACUGCGCCGAUUGACCUUGGUUUUCAUGGCAACCAUGUAUCGUCGCCAUGACAAUGACUUUAAUUUUAACCACAUAUUAUCACCAUGGCAAUGACUUCCAUGAUAACCGUAUUGUCAUCAUGAAAAUAGUGUCUUUGGCAACAGCAUCUUAUCUCCAUGGUAAUGGUUUCUAUGGAAACCACGAAAUCACCAUGGCACUAAGUGCUUAUAAGGAAUGUGCAGCGACGACGUAUAAUAUGGCUUGCAACUACGUGAAUACGAUAAACGAAAUACGGAUUUUGUUGACCCUUGGAGAUUCUUAAGAGCAACCUUUGAUAACCACUUUUUUUCAAUGGUUACGGCUUUUUAUUGUUAGCGGGGUGAUGAGCUAGCCGUUUUUUACUGUUAACAUAGCAGGAAUACUUUAUUUGAGACAAAAACAAUAUAAUAAACAGCCCUAUUCUUAGCAUGCAAUAAAGGGACCCACGAGUAAUGUGAACCCGCA